CGCGGCCGCGUGCCUGGACGCUCCAAACACAGCACCUCAGAAAUGCUCCCCCAGGCCCUGUGUGCAGGGAGCCUUCUCCGGAGCCAAAUACUCUGAUCCGGAGGGUAACCUGGGCUCCUUGAUCCUUGAAGCGACUUGGCCCCUUCCCCGCCCAAAGCUGCCUCAGGCUCAGGGGGAUAAUGGCAUCCGGUUGUUCCUAAAACCGUAUGAAACCCAGAAGUUCUCCAGCAAUUACUAUUUUGAAUUGUCAGAAACAAUAUUUUGCUUUUAGGGCUUUAUAAAAUGCAAGAUUUCUUGUUUCUUUUGCUAGGAUUGAGGUGAAGUUCUAGAAGAAUCCUCAUCACCUAGCAUGUGUGCUUGGCACGCGCCUGCCCCAUCAGGAAGAGCAGCCGUGGCCAAGGGGCCUCCGAGGGGAGUUCGGGACGCAGGGCGGGGUGGGGGCCAUGGAGAAGAGAGGGCACUCGUGGGGCCCAUCACGGGCUGGGAACCCCAGAGCCUGCCAGACACACAGGGCAUCGGGAGCUCCGUCCACCCCUCCUGAGGGCAGGCUCGCGGGGUCGCCGGAGCUGGGCUUCCCUCCCUGAAGAAUAUCCUGGAAGCUCUUAAUUUCAAAGAGAGGUUUUAUAAACCUGCCCCCCCAUUCCCAACAACAGAAUUUUAUAUUCCAGAAACCAAAAUAUAAGUCUAUGAAAUCAGGGGUGGUUUCUGCAAAGAGGCGGUGCUUCUGUGGAUACCCAUUUACUUAGCUUCAUUUAUUUUAGGUUGAUUUUUGUGUAAUAAGGAAAACAUAACUGCAGGAUCACCUCUAGCAAGGCGUGGAUGUAUGUAGACCAGAACGUCUCCUGGGGAGCUGAGAUCGAGGUCAGCAUAACCCAAGCUGGCCGAGGCUCUGGAGCAUCGGGGCCCCUUGCGUGCCCUCCACUAGCCUCCCUCAGCGACUGGGAUCGUGCGGCACGUCCCCCAGAACUGUCUGCUGUGGGGGCGGCCGUGCCUGGGGCCUGUGUGGCAGACCCUGGAUCGCUUGUCCUCCCUCUGCUGCUGGGAUGCCAGCCCUUCCCAAGUUUGAGACCAUGUGGUCUGGAGCAAGUCCAGUAAACAUCCAAUCUCUCUUCAUAACCAAGUGCAGCCCAAGCAUAAAAAUCCAAGUACGGGAGGAUCCAUGGCAGCUCUGGUUGCUAUUUGUGGUGAUCUAGGGAGGAAAAAGUUAACGCAUUUCGUAAAGGCUGCUCUCUGCCUCCCAGAUCCUGGGACUCACGUGGUACUGUGGAGAAGUCGUUCACAAUACAAAUACACAAAACAGGUAGCCGGCAAUGAGGACCUGCCCAUUCUGCUUUUGUCCCAGUUUAUUUCUCCAUUUACUGGAUGCAUUUAUGGAAGGCAUGUAACAGGUCUUUGUGGGAAAAAACAGAAAGAAAUCACAAAUGCAACUAAGAGAGUUCAAAUAAUGGGGUUUAUGCCAGUUACAUACAAGGAUCCUGCAUAUCUCAAAGACCCUAAAGUUUGUAACAUCAAGUAUCGGGAAUAAAUUAUAGGAGUCUUACCAUCAAUAAACAUAUUUUACAAUAGAAAAAAAAAAAUCCAAGUACGUUAGCCUCUCCGUUUCAAGGGUGCCCCUGAUCUGAGCGGUCGGGGUCCCCCGCUGGGACAACUCUCCAUGCCCCCACUCUUGCUUCAGGGAGGGACCCCCGAACUUUCCGCUUCUGCAGAUCCUGCAACAUUCCUGUGCAGUGCGCCAACCAACAAUGUCUCCAGGAGGGUGUCUCUGCACAGCUGUAGCUGAAUACUUCCCCAGAACCGCGUCCCACGUCGGAACACAGAGGCUGCGCCGAAGCUGCCAUGUUUGAGAAAAUUAAAUUCACAUAAGAUGAAAUCAACCAUUUUACGGUGGACAGUUCAGUGGCGUGGGGUACGUUGAGUACUGUGUGAGGCCACCUCUGUCUGGCUCUAAAGAUUCUCGUCGCCCCAGACGAAAGCCUGCGCCCACCGAGCAGUCACCCCACCCCCAGCGCCCGGCCAGCUCUGUGGGAUCCGUGUGUGUGGACCUGUGUGUUCUGGGCACUUCCAUCGGUGGACCCGUACGGCAGGUGGCCUCUGUGUGUGGCUUCCUUCACUCUUGAUUCAUGCACAUCACAGCAUUUAUCAGGACUUCACCCCUUCUCGUGGCCAAACCCGACUUUGGCCUGUGGACGGAGCGUGGUCUGCGGCCGCCUCCACCUCUGGCUCUGGGAACACGCGCGGACAGGCUUCUGUCUGAGCCCCUGUCGGCAACUGGGGUCCACAGCUUGGAGCGUGUGUGUCGGGUGCUUCAGGAACUGUAUGUCUUACUUUGGAAGAACGGUUUUCCCGUGCUCAGUCUUAAAAUUAGGCUUCCCUAAGACAGACACUGGAUCACUAACCUAAUUUGCAAUCA